GGAAAGGAAACUACUGGACCUUAGAUCCCAACUGUGAGAAGAUGUUUGACAAUGGGAACUUCCGUCGCAAACGCAAGCGGCGCUCAGAGCCCAAUGCCCCUGCGACCGCAUCUGCGGCCUCCUCUCUGGGAGGCCUGAAGGCUGAGGAAGAGCGACCCAUCCCAGCUGCAGGAAAACCGUGUGGAAACAGCCCGCCUCCGGAGCUGGACCCCUCACCUUCUACCAGGGACCAUCCAAAAAGCUCCUCUCCCUCCAGUAUCAUUUCAUCCACCCCUAGCUGCCUCAGCACCUUCUUCAGCGGCAUGAGCUCCCUGAGCAGCGGAGGCAGCCGGCUGACAGGGGGUCUCAGCAGUGACCUGCAUCACAGGAACUUCUCUGCUGGCCAGCUGAGCAGUGGCACUUUCACUCCUUCCAGCAGCUCUUCUCAGGAGGUGCCUUCACCAGACCAGCUGCAGCGAGUUGCGGGACCUUCCCCCGCCUACUACAGCUCCUUCCAUCCCAGCAGCAGCAGCCAGGGAGCCCAGUACAACCACUACUACAACUUCACGGUUAACAGCCUCAUCUACACUCGGGAUGGAACGGAGGUGUAA